GCUUAAACUGAAUAACAUUGAAAAUAAUUUUUCACGCUAACAAUUUGAGCGUUGUCCAAUAGUCCGCGCAUGCAACCCCAUUAAGGUAGCGUCGGCCAUUUUGCCGGCAAGCGGAACUAUGUUCCUCUCCGGCAAAUCAUGUCCAAUCUUGUUCCGCUGUUUCUUCACAAUGAUGCAAACUAGUUAGGUUUAGCUAAGCAGUCAUCCACAGCAUCUGACAGUUGACAGUUGUGCUAGGAAAUCUUUUAUCUUUGUGUAAGAUUUCCCUGCGUUAUUGUUUCACGAAAAAAAUCUGAAUUAUGGGUGAGAACGUAAAUAAUAACAACACGGUUUCGCCGCCGUUUAUUUCGCUCCCAAUUCACGAGAAAGAAAAACUUUUAAAGAAAACUAAAUUUAUUUGGUUUCACUUUCUUCGUGUCCUGUGGUCCAUGCUCAUUUUCGUCGUUAGCUACCUGUGCAAUAUUUUUUCGACAGUCAACUAUUACCAAAAUGGAAAUUAUUGGUUUCUUGGAUUUCAUUUAUUUCUUGUGCUCUUCCCUGCUUUUUACACGACUGUCCUCAGUGACAGUCUGUACUACACCGAGGAAACAACAAAUAACGAAGUAUCGCAGAGUUACUUAAGAUUUAAAUUUAUCUGCCGAAUUGCUGGUGAACUUUUUCCUAGGUAUGUUGUCAUUUGUUCUUUUGCAUGGAAAGUCAUCCAAGCAAAAAGAAGAAACGAUUAUGUUGAAAUGGCUGAGAACUAUUCUCGGAUGACUGAAGAAAAUCACCGAGCAGAAUUUAUACUAUUAUUUGAACGCUUCUUGAAAUCCGCUCCUCAGUUGGUGCUACUGUUGUACAUCAUAAUAACCAACGACUUUGUUAUUGGAAGCGUGACCACUUAUUUUCAAAUUGCUUCGGUUGUCACUUCCGUCAUCGGCCUGGCGUUUACACUAACGUUAAACAUUCGAAUCGAUGGCAACAUGCAAAGAAAACACUGUCUCAGUUCAGGUGUUCUAUUUCCAGCGCAUCUAUUUGGAAUAAUUGCUCGAACCCUUUCUCUGGGCAUUUUGGCCGUCGUCUGCGGGAGUUACUUUUACUUUUGGAUUGGCUUCCUUAUUCACUGGAUAGUUAUGAUUAUUUGGAUAUGGAUGAAAACAGAAUCAGCCGACGGGAUGACUUGUACGCAAAGAAUCUAUUUUUGCAUCAUCUCUGGUUUCAUCCAUAUUUUCGCGUUCUUUAACUUCGAAUUCUGCAAAAAUUUGGACCGUUUCCACUACAUAUUUUAUUAUGGGAUUUGUUUAAUCGAGAACUUGAUUGCUAUGGUACUUUGGUGGCAAAUCGAACUGGACAGCCCUUGGUUUCUAGAUUUUGUCCUUAUCGGGCAGAUAGGAUCGGUUAUACUGAAUAUAAUUUUUCUUGGAAUUUAUUACAGUAUUAGUGCUCGUUCAAAUUCAUCAGUGCUUACCGAAAUUUGUAUUGAAGAAAUUGGCUUAAAUCUGAAAAAUCAAAUAUCUCAAUCGCCAUCUGACUACUUUAUUUCUACUCCCACAGGCAAAUUAUCCAACAUUUGCUAUCUCUUUCAAUAUUAUUUUCUUAAGAAUGCACCUGAUUUUUAAAAUAAUGAUAAUUCCAGUAAAUAUUUAACCUAUAAUUGGACCAAAAUGUGUUUGCAAAACGGAAAGUUACCUCCUAAUAUUAUUAUGUCGUUCUAGAAUUUUUUAAUUCCGUGUUUGAAUUUUACAGUUUACUAUUCGAGUCCAUAUAUUAUUCACCAGUCGUUCAUGUGUUCAUUUGCCCAUUUAUCUAAUUUAAUUGAUUCGAUCAAAUUGAUAUGUAAAACCUGAUUUUUUCUU